AUGCGCUAAAACUUUUUAAGAAAUCCGCCAACAAUAAGCAAAAAUGGGCGCUGGAUUAUCAAAAAAAGUUUCUGGAAAGAAAAGUAAAUUCAAGAAUUUCUCAAUCAUCAAGUUGGGACGGAAUCGUAGAUCGAAAAUUCCAGAACGGAAGCAUGAUACCAGGGUACAUUUUCUUCCUCAGCCCGCGGUAACAGGAGAUUUAAAAGAAGAUAUUGCCCAGGAGGAUGGGCAAAGAAAGAAAAGAAUUAAAGAGUCUAAACCUGAUAAUCCAUCUGUGGCACAGCUAGGAGAAAUCAAUUCUGAAGAUCAUAGUUUGUCGGAAACAUUGAGAGAAAGGUUUGGGCAGCGCCGUUCUCAUAGAUCAGGAGGAGAAUGGAACCGGUUUCUGCAAUCCCUAGCACGUGGUCCGUAGCACGUGGACAUAUGUCUGCUGAUAUUUCAGCUGAGUUUCAGCUAAAUUUAAGCGUUAAAUAUAUAUUGGCUGAAUUUAUCAGUUAAAUCCGUUAACUGAUUUUAUCAGCUUAAUAUGUAUCACGUAAAUUUAUAAGCUGAUAUUUUGUGUGUGUAUAAUGUAUAUUGUUGUUUAAAAAAAUAUUUUUGUUUUUA